AUGCCGGCGAUUCCUACCCUUGGAGCCUUCCUAGAAUCUACUCUUGUGCACCGCGAGACCCUUGCAUCGCCCGCAAAUUCGACUGCGAUUGCAUCCCAAAAGGCUCUUGAGGUGAUUUGUGCGUGGCCUGUCUCAGGCCAAUACGGCCCUGGGACGCGAGCACUGUACGUGGUCCCGGCAAACAAAGAGUCCCAGAAUGGUGCGCUGACAGACACUUACAGAUACUACAUCCUCAUUGCGGCGUGUGUGGUGGCUCGCAAGGUAGAAUGGAUUCGAAAUGCGUGUUUGGCCGCGGUGUUACUGUUUCCGGCUAUCGCAGCCCUACAUGCUAUUGUUUUGGCCGUCCUUCAUGUUGAGGGUGCCGUUGACAUGGACAUUUACGGGGCCUUCCAGUUGUGUGCAAUCGGUAUUCUGACGGCACCGGCGACCGUGCGAUUAUCACAGACCUAUUUCAACAAUCCAGGCAGGAAUAUCAUUUUCAUAUGGACAGUUCUCCUACUGGCCGGACUUCUGAGCUUGAUCGUUGAAUUCAUGCGCCUUGAAGGCAUUGCUGUUCCGCGGAGCUCGGUAGCAUGCAUGGCCUGGGCAGGUUCAGGUGGGAAAGGAUCAUUCCCAUACGGCGACAGUUGUGACCUCAAAUGUUCACCUGAUGAUGGACCAACGUCGAGUCUCCGAGAAGGCUCAACCGACAACAUCUAUGUGGUCCCCACGCCCGACAAAUUAUCUUUCAAUACCACCACACUCCUUGCCGCUGCAUGUUGCAUUCCAGCCAUACUGUCGUUGGUAUCUAUGUGGAUCAAGAUCAUGGAUCAUAACUGGGAGAAGUUGUCAGACGGAAGCAGGAAACAUCAGGAGCCUGAUGGAACUAUCAAAGGUACUAACGGUGCUACCGUUAGUGAAAUGAAAAAAAUCGGGGAGACGAUAAAAGAUCUGAUGUCUCUCAUUGAAGUACCAGUGAUGGCAGCAGCAGUUCUGGCAAUCCUUAUAAAGGGCGAGAUGAACUUUUGGAGUCGUCAAGUUUACUAUCAAACCGAGCCUAUAACAAGCAUUGGCCAAUGGGCACCUAUAGUCGGUUCCGGACUGGCUGUCCUAGGAUCCUUAUACCUCCUAGUUGCCGCUGAAAUGGACGCCGCAGGGAAGGGCGACCAGCAAAAACAGUGCAAGGAGUGUGCUAUGUCAGAAACCACCACCAGUUCCAGGCGCCAGUCAGGCACAAGCACCGAAGACCAAUCACUGGAGCCUCAAACGCCUAUCCACCAGACCCCGACUCUGGGAAACGAACCACUCGCCCGCCAACCCACAGCUCUAUCCCUAAAAGAUAAGGGCGGAAGAAGAAAAGUUGCCCACAUCCUGAAUUGGGCAUCCGAGAACAUAGCCAUCAGAACUCAUUCACAAUACGAGAAGGGUGGUUUCAAACGGGAUCACAGAUCCACUUACCCUGAAACCCCAGGGGAGCACUACAAGAAUUAUAAACUACCGGAAGACAAACGCAAAUACGACGAGUCGAGAGCUCCAAGUUUCGUCAGCAGUGGAGGGUCAAUUGACAAUGGGGAAGGGUCAUCCAGAAGUGCUCGCAGUCCAACACGGCACGAAUCACACCCUAUCUCAUCCCCGUCACCUGCAAGAUCAAGAUCUCGUCACAACCGUGACUAUUCAAGGUCAUUUCCGACCGAUGGGCGGCUUCACACAUCUUCAUAUUGCCCAAAUCCUGAGGGCUCAUUGCAGGAGUGGUCGCAGAAUCUGCGUCCGUUUAGUGGAGUGUCGAGUCGGAGUCGAGCCAAUUCCAGCUCUGAGGUCGCUGUCAGCCCGACGACUAUGUUACCACCGAAUCAGAAUUAUCCAACUAUCAUCGUUUCUUCAGCUGGGGCUGAAUGA